AAAGCAAGAGCCCAGAGCAAGGGAGCAGAGCAGGCCGGGGACCUGUAAGCCACAGUGGCUGCCCUUUGCGUGCUGCGAGCUGGGGGACCCUGGGAAGGAAGCUGGCUGAGCCCCAAGACCCUGGGGGCCAUGGGCGGGGAGCUGGUGCCGGGCCUAGGGGCCCUGCGGCGGCGAAAGCGCCUGCUGGAGCAGGAGAAGCAUCUGGCUGGCUGGGCAGUUGCACUGGCGGGAAUCGGCAUCGGGCUCAUGGUCCUGCACGCGGAGAUGCUAUGGUUCGGGGGGUGCUCGUGGGCGCUCUACCUGUUCCUGGUUAAAUGCAUGAUCAGCAUUUCCACGUUCUUGCUCCUUUGCCUUAUUGUGGCCUUUCACGCCAGAGAGGUCCAGCUGUUCAUGACGGACCACGGGCUCCGGGACUGGCGCGUGGCGCUGACCGGGCGGCAGGCGGCGCAGAUCGUGCUGGAGCUGGCAGUGUGCGGGCUGCACCCGGCGCCGGUGCGGGGCCCGCCGUGCGCUCAGGGUUCGGGACCCCUGCAGACCGCGCAGUCCUGGCCGGGCUUCCUGGACCAGGGGGAGGCGCUGCUGUCGCUGGCCAUGCUGCUGCGCCUGUACCUGGUGCCCCGCGCCCUGCUCCUGCGCAGCGGCGUCCUGCUCAACGUCUCCUACCGCAGCAUCGGCGCGCUCAACCAGGUCCGCUUCCGCCACUGGUUUGUGGCCAAGUUGUACAUGAACACGCACCCCGGCCGCCUGCUGCUCUGCCUCACGCUUGGUCUCUGGCUCACCACUGCCUGGGUGCUGUCGGUGGCCGAGAGGCAGACCGUUAAUGCCACUGGGCACCUUUCAGACACACUGUGGCUGAUCCCCAUCACAUUCCUGACCAUCGGCUACGGGGACGUGGUGCCGGGUACCAUGUGGGGCAAGAUUGUCUGCCUCUGCACUGGGGUCAUGGGGGUCUGCUGCACAGCUCUGUUGGUGGCCGUGGUGGCCCGGAAGCUGGAGUUUAAUAAGGCAGAGAAGCACGUGCACAACUUCAUGAUGGACAUCCAGUAUGCCAAAGAGAUGAAGGAGUCGGCUGCCCGUGUGCUGCAAGAGUCAUGGAUGUUCUACAAACACACGCGUAGGAAGGACUCCGGAGCGGCCCGCAGGCACCAGCGCAGGCUGCUGGCGGCCAUCAACACGUUCCGCCAGGUGCGGCUGAAGCACAGGAAGCUGCGGGAGCAGGUGAACUCCAUGGUGGACAUUUCCAAGAUGCACAUGAUCCUGUGUGACCUGCAGCUGGGUCUGAGCAGCUCACACCAGGCCCUGGAGAAGCGGAUUGAUGCACUGGCAGGGAAGCUGGACACCCUGACCGAGCUGCUUGGCGCUGCCCUGGGGCCACGGCAGCUUCUAGAACCGAGCCAAGAGGCCACGUAGCUGGACCUGUGGAGGAAGAACCAAGCUACCUUCCCCAGGACUGAGGUCAAGGACACUCUCCCUGCUACUCCUGACCCAGCCCCACGCACAAAGCACCUCAAGUGUGAGGACCGAGAAGGGCCGACCUGGAGAUGGGUUGACUCGCUGAUGGCUGCUGGAGGGGACACUGGCUGAAGGAGGAGGCUGAGGUCCACCGGCCACCAAGGCCCCAAGUAGGAAAAUGGUCAUCAGUACCCCCAUACCCUGGACAAAAACAUCCUCACUCUGCUGCUAACGACGACCACUAGCUUUCAGGUAGACGUGGGAGUGCCUGGAGGCUGGGACUGCUGGGUCCCAGAGGAGGAGAAAGAAGUGGGGGCCAAGAGUCCAGGAUCCUGGGCUGCCUCAGUGCCCCGCUGGCCGGCAGAGCUGAAGGAGCCAGGCCUGAGGCUGGGAGGAGGCGGGACGGAGCGCCCCCUGGUGGGAGAGUGAGGAGGACACCAUUUCUCCAGAGCUGCACAGAAUUACCUGGUCGGCUCUUAGACUUUGUAAUAAAUGUUAAACGAAGAUA